GGAAAAUAAAACUUCCAAACGCACUAAUGGUACUGCACAACGAUGUUAUAACACUGUCGUGCUCAGCUGCAGGUUAUCCAGCUGCUCAAUAUUCAUUAUACCAUAAUGACACUCUUUUAAUGAGUUCCAGACCACAUUACGAUCACCCAUUUGUGUAUAGUAUUGCCAAAGCUGAAUCUCACCAUAGUGGUGUGUAUACUUGUGUCGCGUCCAAUGUCCACAAAACAAUCACAUCUUCGUCAUAUGUUACAGUUACAAAGUAAGUUUAUCCUUCUAAUCUUGCGUGAACGAAU